AUGGCGAUGCCCACGAUGGCCGCGAUCGCCAAGCGCAUGACGGGCGCCGCGAACGACUCCAAGUUCUUCAGCACCACCAAGAAGGGCGAGACCCACGAGCUGCGGCAGGAGCUGGCCAACCCGAGCCGCGAGAAGAAGAAGGACGCCGUCAAGAAGGUCAUCGCCAACAUGACGGUGGGCAAGGACGUGUCCAUGCUCUUCACGGACGUGGUCAACUGCAUCCAGACGGCCGACACGCAGCUCAAGAAGCUCGUGUACCUCUACCUCAUCAACUACGCCAAGAGCAACCCGGACCUGACCAUCCUGGCCGUCAACACGUUCGUCAAGGACGCCGCCGACCCCAACCCGCUCAUCCGCGCGCUGUCCGUGCGCACCAUGGGCUGCAUCCGCGUGGACCGCAUCACCGAGUACCUGUGCGAGCCGCUGCGCCGCUGCCUGCAGGACGAGGACCCGUACGUGCGCAAGACGGCGGCCAUCUGCGUCUCCAAGCUCUACGACAUCAACCCGGACAUGGUGGAGGAGCAGGGCUUCCUGGACAUGCUGAAGGACCUCAUCUCGGACUCCAACCCAACGGUCGUGGCCAACGCCAUUGCGGCCUUGAGUGAGAUCUCGGAGAACAGCGGCGGUGCCAUGGCUUUCAAGAUCACCAAGUCCGUGCUGCAGAAGCUGCUGGCGGCGCUCAACGAGUGCAACGAGUGGGGGCAGGUCUUCGUACUCGACGCGCUGGCAGGCUACACGCCCGCGGACUCCAGGGAGGCCGAGGGCAUCAUUGAGCGCGUCACGCCCAGACUGCAGCACGCCAACUCGGCCGUGGUGCUGUCCGCGGUGAAGGUUAUUAUGAAGUUCCUGGAGAAGGUCUCGGACGCGGACACGGAGAGGAGCCUGUCCAGGAAGAUGGCCCCGCCGCUCGUCACGCUGCUGUCUGCGGAGCCCGAGAUCCAGUACGUGGCGCUGCGCAACAUUAACCUGAUCGUGCAGAAGCGCCCCGCGAUCCUGGCUAAUGAGAUCAAGGUCUUCUUCUGCAAGUACAACGACCCGAUCUACGUCAAGAUGGAGAAGCUCGAGAUUAUCAUCCGCCUGGUCUCGGAGAGGAACAUUGAGCAGGUGCUGCUGGAGUUCAAGGAGUACGCGACCGAGGUGGACGUGGAGUUCGUGCGCCGCUCGGUGCGCGCGAUCGGCCGCUGCGCUGUCAAGCUGGAGCGCGCCGCGGAGAAGUGCAUCAACGUGCUGCUCGAGCUCAUUCAGACCAAGGUGAACUACAUCGUGCAGGAGGCGAUCAUCGUGAUCAAGGAUAUCUUCCGCAAGUACCCGAACCAGUACGAGAGCAUCAUCGCCACGCUCUGCGAGAAUCUGGACACGCUGGAUGAGCCCGAGGCCAAGGCGUCCAUGAUCUGGAUCAUCGGCGAGUACGCCGAGCGUAUCGACAACGCUGACGAGCUGCUGGAGUCGUUCAUGGACUCGUUCGAUGACGAGACCGCGCAGGUGCAGCUGCAGUUGCUGACUGCCACUGUGAAGCUCUUCCUCAAGCGCCCCAACGAGACGCAGGACAUGGUCCAGAAGGUGCUGCACAAGGCUACGGAGGAGUCGGACAACCCGGACCUGCGCGACCGCGGCUACGUCUACUGGCGUCUGCUUUCGGCCAACCCGGAAGCCGCCCACGCCGUCGUGCUCGCCGAGAAGCCUGUGAUCAGCGACGACACGUUCGCGCUUGAGCCUUCGGUUCUGGACGACCUGAUCGGCAAGAUCUCGACGCUCGCCAGCGUCUACCACAAGCUACCCAGUGCGUUCGUGGUGCGCACGACGGUCUCGGAGCUGCGCGAGCACCGCCAGGACGACGACCACAGCAACGAGGACGAGGACGAAGGCUCUUCCGACCAGCCCGAGGAAGGCUCCAGCAGUGGACCAGUGGACCUGCUGGACAUGGGCGAUCUUUCCCUGGGCGGCCCCGCCCCGACUGCUCCUGCUCCCGCUGCGGCACCGGCAAGCGCUAGCGCUAGUCUUGUUGACAUUUUCGGUGGCCCGGCCGCCCCGCCUGCUCCGGUUACCGUUGGCGGUGUGGCUCCCGCUGUACAGAAGAAGCUGCUGAUGAGUGCGCAGCAAGGCAAGGGCCUGCAGAUGACGGGCGCCUUCACACGGCGCGGUGGCAACUUCGUGCUGGACGUGGACUUCGAGAACCAGUCUCCUGCGCCGAUCGCGGGCGUGAGCAUCCAGUUCAACAAGUCCACAUUCGGCGUGGUGCCCAUACAGGCAACAGUGACGUUCCCGCAGCCGCUGGUGCCGGGCCAAACUGUGAACCAGGUUGUGCCUAUGGGCGUCAGUCCGCAGUUCGUCAACGCCGCCGUGGCGCCGAACCUCAAUCUGCAGGUGGCUAUCAAGAACAACUCGAGCGGCGACGUCGUCUACUUCCAGUCAGAGCUGGACCUGUCGGCGAUCUUCACGGAGGCCGGCAGCAUGGCGUCGACCGAGUUUAUCAGCAUGUGGCAGGGCAUCCCCGAGGCCAACGAGCACUACUUCGCGCUGGCCACGGGCGCGCACGGAGUCGACGCCGUGUCCGAGCAGCUGGGCCGCCACAACGUCUUCUACGUGGCCAAGCGGCCGAUCGACGGCAAGGAGAUCGCGUACUUCUCUGUCAAGACCAUGACCAACGUCGUGGCGCUGUUCGAGCUCACAUUCGACAACUCGGGCACCACAAAGGUGUGUCUCAAGCUGGAGCAGAAGGCCUUCAGCGCGCUGCUGCAGCAGACAAUGGAGCGCUCGCUGGCGUAA